AUGGGAGCACGGCGCUGUGACAAUGACCAGUGUGUGGAGGAGAGAAUAAUCCACUCAGACAACAAUGACGCGGCGUGGAAACAGGAGGAGGGGCCUGAGAACCUCCUGCUCGGGCUCCAGCAGAGGCCUGCCAAUUGUCCCUCGGCCUGGUCCCUGGUCCAGAUGGCCGGCCUGGACUUCAUAGAGUGGCCCUUAUACCAGGCCCACACUCGCAUGGGGGGGAGAGGGGGGAGGGGGGAAGUGGAGGAGAGCGAGGUGAGAGCGGAGUGUGUCCUGUGUGUGAGAGAUGUAACAACAACAAUCACGCUUCAAAAAACGCCGUGUGUGGGAGACGACACCUCCAGCUUUCAAAUCCACAGAAUCCUGUCAGCGUCCGCGGUGGAAGUGUGUCCCCCACGUGUGCCUCCCUCACCCCAGCGUCCUGCCCCUCUGUGGGGUCAGGACGUUCCCAGGCACACUGACCCCCUCCCCCGCCCUCCCCCUCCCCAGACGACUCCACCUGCUCCCAUGAGGCCUGAGGCAUUGUCCAGGGACCCUAAACAGCCCAUUGAUCGUGUGGCAGCUCCUUCUCUGCGCCUGAUUGGCCGGAGGACUGUGAGAAAGUGCGGCGAACCCAGAACCCACACGCUCCGCGGCGCUGGGAGGAGUAUAAAUACAGGACAGAGAGAGCAGGACGACAGACGCUCCUCUCGCUCUCUCUCACUGCACUGCGAUGGCUCCCACUGUCUCUGCAUCGUGCUCCAAGGAAACCAUGGCUUCAGCUCAUAA